AUGACUCAGUUUGAUCCAGUUUCAAGCUCUCAAAAGGAUGAACGUGAUUCACUCUUUCCGUUAGCCGUGCAUAAAACAGGGCAACGUCUUCGGAAAUCCACUCAACAGUUUCAGAUGUCGAACCAGAUCUUCACUGUCGGGUCUUUGUACAUUGCUGGCUUUACCCAAGCGCGUUCUCCACACAUUGCGUUCAUCAUUCCCACAGACACCAAGUCUGGCCGCGUUGUACACAUUCGGAUAGACCAUGCCACUUCUCCUACGUGGGCCUACCAGUGUAGGUCGGAAAAGAUAGAGGGAAAUAUGUUCCUAUCGUCGCUUCUGAAGAUUCACGACGCAAGCAAAGGAGAACUCACCAUCUCUCAACUUGAAGAUGUUGCAAAGACUGUUCAUGUGCCCGAGAACGAUGAGUUCGGAGAAUGUGGUCCCUGGGUGUUCAGAGUCGUCGAGGAACUGCAUAAGUUCGGGCUGGUGGUGCUGCUCGACGGGGAAAGGCUCAGUCAGGAGUUUGCCGCAUUUGCUGGGGAAAGUGCGGAAUUUGCCCGACGGGAUAGGUUUCCUAAUGUUAUGGUCUCACAGUUCUGCUCGUUCAUCUUUCGGGCAUCGCAAAACCUUGAGACAGGUCUGGACGAGUUUGGCUCCAUAAUUGAAAAUCAAUCCUUCGAGUCUCAAAGUCCUCAGCGUUCAUGUACGACAUUAGUUUCUUCUGAUCGAGAAAAUACGGAGGAGUGA